GGCGGCCGCUGGUUGGCGGCGGGGGGACACGUGAGGGGGGAGGGGGCAGCGGCGGCGGCAGGAGUUUCCCCGACAGCUGGAGGUUGCGGCGGCGGCUCCUCCUCCCCGGGUCCCCGUUAGAGCCCAGAGACCCCCCGCGCUCCUCCUUAUUGACAAACACACAAAGGGCCGCGCCGGGGCCGGGCCGGGGACGCGUCUGGAGCCGGCAUGGGAGACAAGAAGAGCCCGACCAGGCCGAAGCGGCAGCCGAAACCCUCCUCGGACGAGGGCUACUGGGACUGCAGCGUCUGCACCUUCCGCAACAGCGCCGAGGCCUUCAAGUGCAUGAUGUGCGACGUGAGGAAGGGCACCUCCACACGGAAACCUCGACCUGUCUCUCAGCUGGUUGCACAACAGGUUCCUCAGCAAUUUGUGCCCCCUACGCAAUCAAAGAAAGAGAAAAAAGACAAAGUAGAAAAGGAAAAAAGUGAAAAGGAAACAACAAGCAAAAAGAACAGUCAUAAGAAAACCAGGCCAAGAUUGAAAAAUGUGGAUCGAAGUAGUGCUCAGCAUUUGGAAGUUACCGUUGGAGAUCUGACAGUCAUAAUUACAGACUUUAAGGAGAAAACUAAGUCACCACCUGCUUCCAGCGCUGCUUCUGCAGAUCAGCACAGUCAGAGCGGUUCUAGCUCUGACAAUACAGAGAGGGGAAUGUCCAGGUCAUCUUCACCCAGAGGAGAAGCGUCAUCACUGAAUGGGGAAUCUCAUUAAAGUUUAUUUUCUCCAGUUUCUUUAGUCUCUUCAAAACAUGCAAAUACAUGACUUCUGUCACCUGUUACCACAUUUUCAUGACAGAUUAGCCAUGCAUAAAUGGUAUGUUUACUGGAACAUAAUUUAUGCUGUUUAAAAAAAGAAAAAGAAAAAGUGCAGUGGUAGAAACAAUAAUUUAAAUGCAAUCGACAAAUGCUUAGAAAGCAUUUUCAGUCCAACUUUUUAAUCUUCAUGUGUAAAGGUGCCAUGAAAAUGUGGUUUGAAUGUUCAUUAUGCAGUGUUAUUGGUAAGUCCAUUUUCACUUUUAGUUUAGUGAAUUCUAACACAACUCUUGGUGUCUCUACUAUUGGCAUGUACUGAAUUUAAAUUUUUAUAACAUAGUUCAAGCUGCCUAAAUAUGUAUUAUUUGAGAAUUGUGAAACAUAGUUAUAUGUAUGCAAGUCAAAGAUCAACUUAAUCAACUAUUGCUGCAACAGAAUUUUCAUAAUAAUUAUCUUCUUAAAAACACCUGCUGGUACUUGGUGUGGUUAAAUAGGAAAAAUGUUAUUAAAUAAAACAUUUGUAUGAAUUUUUGCCAAUGUUUGACACAUUUUACUAGAUUACUGAAUUAUGUUGAUGGUUUUACCUAUAUUUUUUCACACUUAAAACACUUAUUGUAAUGUUUACAAGCAAAAUAGAAAAUACAUUCAAAGCAGUGAUUGAUUAACCUUACAGUUCAGGUAAAAUACUACAUUGUCACUAUACACUGGUAUUCUGUGUUGUGUAACAAAUAUUGAACCUCAGAUGACGACACAUUUGGCAAAAACUAACAUUUGGAAAUACGAAAGUUUGGAAGAGCUUUAAAAAUAACAAGUGCAGUUCUCAUUUCUGCUACUGCUGUUUCCUUGCCCCAAAUUUAUCUAGUGUCAUAUAGUCACUUAGCAUUUCAUUACAGGAAUAUCAGAUGUUGUACGAGAAUAAGGAAAUAACAAUAUUAUUUUUUUCCUGUAUAAAUUUAUUCAAUAUUGAUUUGGCCUGUUAAAAUAUAUUAUGUCAUAAAUCAUAUGAAAAAACUCAGUACCCUACUUUAUGGCAUAAACUGUCAACAUUUACACAUUUAGCAAUAUGCCGAUACAGAGCAGAACGAUUUACAAUCCCAUCUGGUAUUAUGUAAAAUUACCAAUAAAAUAUUUUUGUGAAUACAGAUUUUGCAUUUGUGUUUACAACCAAUAAGUGUUUUGAUACAAAUAUACAAUCCAUGUAUAGAUUUUAAAUUAUAUAUUCAGGUUCAGUACAAAAGUCCAUUUAUCUCCUUUUAGUGAGAUAGUCCACUUACACUCCUGUAAUUCUUUACUUUUUCCUUCAAAUUACGUAUAUUUUAAGCCCAUGUAAAUGUUGGAUGUACCUUCUUGGUAGUGAAUCCAGCCCCAAAUUAUUACCAACAUACGAUAAGUCUUCUUAACAGCUAAAACAAUGGAUUUUUGUAGCCCCUGACAAUUGUGAUGUUUGGUGGUUUCUUGUAGUAAUGUAUUUUUCUGUUUUUAAUGCAGUACUUCUACAGGCACAAUGGUACUGUUCUAAUUUGUAAGAUGCUAGUUGUGAAAUACAGUUAGUUGCAUAAUAUGAAAGUCUGAUGUGAUAUCUGAAAACAUACAUACCUCAUUCCUUGGUGUUGCUGUUUAAACUUUUUAGACAUCAAAUGUUAAUUAUAGGCUGUUUCAGAUGGAUAACUACUGACCUGUUUAUUAUGUAUUCUGCUUUAUCUUACUAAAUAGUAUGUCUGUUCAUUGCCAUUACCUGGCCAGAUCUUAGUAUCUAUAAAACAAUGCAUUUCAAGGUUCUUAAAUGUUUUCUUGGGCAGGGCUGGUGUUCAGAAUAACAUACACUAGUUUCCAAAAGAAAAAUACAUACUUCUCAACUUUAUUUUUUUAUAUUUUAUUUUUAGGUGGGACUAUUUGCAGAAUAUACGGAUGUAAUGGAUUACAAGAGAGCCGAAAUUGUUUAAAUUAGGCAGUUAAAGGAUAGCAAAUAUCAUUGCAAGAUGUUUUAUGAAAUGUGUUUCUAUUUUAAAACUUAAUGAAUGCUAACACAUUUCAAAAUUCCUUGCAAGCAAAUAAUAAUCUAUUACCGAUAGUUCACUAAAUGGGAAACACAUUUUCAUUUAGAAUUAUGUGAACAAACCACCCAAAACUGCUAACAAGAGGUCUCCUUGUAUCUUCAGAAAUAAGUAGCCAUUUGGUUUGGAAGGGAGAAUGGUGUGGAUUUUGUUAUGAUUCAGCUGCCUCUAGAGAAUAAUCUCAAAAAGUGUGGUACAAGUAUGGUUAUAAUCAAAAUGAAUGCAGAAAGUCUCACUGUUGAUUGUGGAAUAAGACACAGAAAAGCAAUUUCUAACCACAGAUACAACACAAGUCAGCUGAGCUGUGGUGGUUUUAAUUGAACUUGUUAUGUUGCCAGUGUUUACCCUGCAAUGUUGCCUGUUUUGGCAUUAAAGUUAAGAUACUUUUUGCCUGUUUGUGAUUAAAGGGAUGUGACAACACUGACAGCAGAGUAGACAAAUUCUAAGUAGAAUAUGGCAUUUGACUCUGUUCAGGAUGUUAUAAUUUAAAUGAACUUCACUAAUUUUGACUUGUAGUAAUCCUAAAUCCUUUUUCUAACUGUAAAUAUAUUUAAAAGCAUCUUUACUCAAUUUAUAAAAAGUGAAAAUUUAA